AUGUCGGGAGCUCAGAUCAGGAUCACGAACGCUCUGGAGGGGUCGAGCGAGAGGCAGAUCUGCAUCACCGGGAGUCCAGCCAACAUCAGCCUGGCCCAGUACCUCAUCAACGCACGGUGUGUGUGUGACGUCAGUUGGGUGUGUGUGACGUCAGUUGGUGUGUGUGACGUCAUUGGUGUUGGUGACUUGGUGUGUGUGACGUCAGUUGGUGUGUGUGACGUCAGUUGGUGUGUGUUUGACGUCAGUUGGUGUGUGUUUGACGUCAGUUGUUGGUGUGUGUUUGACGACAGUUGGUGUGUGUUUGACGUCAGUUGGUGUGUGUUUGACGUCAGUUGUUGGUGUGUGUUCGACGUCAGUUGGUGUGUGUUUGACGUCAGUUGGUGUGUGUUUGACGUCAGUUGGUGUGUGUUUGACGUCAGUUGGUGUGUGUUUGACGUCAGUUGUUGGUGUGUGUUUGACGUCAGUUGGUGUGUGUUUGACAUCAGUUGGUGUGUGUUUGACAUCAGUUGGUGUGUGUUUGACUUGGUAUGCGUGACGUCAGUUGGUGUGUGUUUGACGUCAGUUGGUGUGUGUUUGACAUCAGUUGGUAUGCGUGACGUCAGUUGGUGUGUGUUUGACGUCAGUUGGUGUGUGUUUGACGUCAGUUGGUGUGUGUUUGACUUGGUGUGUGUGUGUGACGUCAGUUUGGUGUGCGUGACGUCAGUUGGUGUGUGUGACGUCAGUUGGUGUGUGUUUGACGUCAGUUGGUGUGUGUUUGACGUCAGUUGGUGUGUGUUUGACGACAGUUGCCACAGUUUCAGACGUACCAGGCAGUCCCCACUGACCGAGGCUCUGGUCUUAGGAACCAGGCAGUCCCCACUGACUGAGGCUCUGGUCUUAGGAACCAGGCAGUCCCCACUGACCGAGGCUCUGGUCUUAGGAACCAGGCAGUCCCCACUGACCGAGGCUCUGGUCUUAGGAACCAGGCAGUCCCCACUGACCGAGGCUCUGGUGUUAGGAACCAGACAGUCCCCACUGACCGAGGCUCUGGUGUUAGGAACCAGACAGUCCCUACUGACCGAGGCUCUGGUCUUAGGAACCAGACAGUCCCUACUGACCGAGGCUCUGGUGUUAGGAACCAGACAGUCCCCAGUGACCGAGGCUCUGGUGUUAGGAACCAGACAGUCCCCAGUGACCGAGGCUCUGGUGUUAGGAACCAGACAGUCCCUACUGACCAAGGCUCUGGUGUUGGGCCUUCGAGAGCCUUGA